AUGCCUCCAGUCCUUCUGCCAAGGACGUCAGUGGUGCCCAGGCCCACCAUAGCCCCCCAGGAAGUUCAAAAUGGAGCAGCAGACGCCACCUCUAAAGCAGGAAAGAGAUCAUCUCCUCCCUCUGCAGCCCCCUCUGGGAGCACCUCAGCUGCUGAGGAUGGGGCCUACACCGUGCACCCCAGUUCAGGGCCUCACGGCUCCCAGGCCUUUACCCUGGCAGUGCUCCUCUGAGGCCGGGUCUUCAACGUUUCCAUCCGGUGGCUGGAUGACAGGCGCCACUAUGCCCUGGGCCGGGAGGGCAGGAACCACGAGGAGCUCUUCUCCUCCGUGGCCACCAUGGUCCAGCACUACAUGCAGCACCCCCUGCCCCUGGUGGACAGACACAGUGGCAGCUGGGGACUCACCUGCCUGCUCUUCCCCACCAAGCCGUGA